UUUUGACAUAUUGUCUUCGUUAUUGUCGGGUUUAGAAAUCACGUUGGCACGUAAACUCGUAAAUAUAUUUCGUCUUUACAUUUCUACAUGCGGGUAUUUUCACCCGUGACAUAUGUCACAUAGCGUGAUAUCGUCUUUCGUAGAGUAUUUUCAAGAAGUUCUACGAUUAAAUUCUGGAAUGAAUACAGAAAAAGAAGAGCCCCAAGUGCAAGAUUUGUGCUCGGGAGAACCUAACCUCGAUUCAAACGAAGGCCUCUUUCACGCAGUUCAUAUUCCACACGAAAAUGGUCAAGGCGAUUCCAAAAUCGACCUUCACGUUUUUACUGAAAAGAGCGAUGCUUUAAAGUUUAUUAAAAACGAAAAGAGUGGUCGAUUAAAAACUUUCAAAAAUCGUUUGGAGGCUGAGAAUUUCUCAAGAAAUGGCGGAGAACAGCCUAAUUUGGAUAAUUCCAAAUUGGAAAUCACCGAAACAGUCCCAGCCGUUGGCGAGGAACGAGCCAGCAAUUUCAAAGGUCCGAAGUCACAAGAUUUGGUUCGUUUUAGGAAACUUAUCGAAGCUGGUGAUUUAGAUGGAGUUAGAUCGACCAUCUGGGAAAAUCCCAGAUAUUUAGUCAGCGGUGGAGAUACGCCAGCAAUUUUACAGGAGGGUUCUCGAUAUAAUGCCUUGCAUGUUUCCUCAAAAGCUUCCCGGUCAGGAGCCAUGUGUGAACUCAUCCUAAGCACGAUAGCCAAUCCGAAAUUCGUGCAGUUGCUUUACGGCGACGUUGAUCAACAAAGAGGAGAGAUUCUUUUAGAUCUUUACCUAAAUACUCCAGACAAAGGAUUAAACGAAACGCCGCUGCACUUUGCGGUAAAAUUUGGACAGGUUGAUGCAGUCAGAGUGCUCGUCUCUUACUCACAAUGUGUAAAAACACUCCUGAAUAAGUAUAAACAAACGCCUUUAGAGUUAGUUUGUGCAAGAAAACAUGGAGAGAAUGAAGAAUUGAAGAGGGAGAUCCGUGGUUUAUUAGAGGACCAAUUUUACGUUCCAGUUUUGAGGUCCGACGAUAGCACGUUACAACCUGUUAUCGGGGAACCCUUUUCUCCAGCGAGCCCUCCCAGGCUAAACGUGGAUCCAAUUAGUCCUAGAGUAGAAGUUCGUGCCUUCGCUGGGCCAAUGACCAAGACCCAGGCCGUGGAGUUUAGAAGAAAAUGGAAAACUCCACCUCGAUUUCAGGGAACUUCCACGAGACUAACCCUCACUCCAACGCGAGAAAAUGCGCACAACAAAUCCGUAGAUUCUAUUAAAUUCCCAAGUAGUCCCAGAAGUCCUGCCAUGAACUUGUCUUUUAGGUUACAAGACACAGAAAAGGGUCUGGAAAGUGUUGGUAGAGAUUUAGCGGAAAAAUAUCACGUACCUUGGAAAGAAUUCUGGCCUUUUUUAGACGGAUUCGCAGAUCUAAGAUGUGCCGACGGGUUAUGGAAACUGGAAAAGUACUUGGAAUCCAGAUUCAACGGAACUUAUAAACCAAGCGAGAAUAAGAUGAACACGCCAAACACUUUAAAAAUUGUGACAAAUGGCGAACCAUUAAAUGAUUUAAUGAACUUGUGCGAUAAAUUAAAUUCCUGUACCUUGCAAUCUAAUGACGAGGAAAAGGAAAAUAUAGAUGAAGUUGAUUUUUACACUCCGCCCUCUUCCCCCUCUACGGCGAUGUCCUGUGACAGUUCUGAUGACGAAAUGGAGUUAGCAGACGAAGGUGCAACGGUUUUUAUUGAUUGUAACGCACCGACCAAAACAGAUUAUGCUGUUUUUAAUGCCAUUCCACCGACAAUCACGUCUUUCGAGUAUCCGAAUAUUUAUCGCUGGAGGCACGAGAUGCAGAUUGUUAUGAAGAAAGACUCCAACGGAUCCAGGGCCCCCUCUGGAAUUCGAAGAAAACUUCGCCUUUGAUUCAACAACUGGAGUUAUGUCUAUUCCACGCACAUUCGUAAAACGCUUCGUAGUCGAUUUACAAUUCGACUUUUAAGGUUAUGAACCAAAAUAGAUGCCACUAAGCUAAGACGAGAAGUACAAAUUAAUAAUCGUGAUUUAAAACUUUAUAUGUCUUUUCGUUAUCUUUUUGAGACAAAAAUCAUUUAAUAAUAGAUAUAAAAAAUAGAAUACUCGACAUUCAAGUACUCAUUAAUAUUAAUUUCCAUUUAUGUUUCCUCUUUCAAAGAUAUCUAAGAAUCCAGCUUAUUUUCUCUAUUUAGUAUUGCAUGAUUUUAAGAAAGCUAAAAGCUUCUUUUUCAUUUUGUAUCCAGGCGGCGUGAAUGAAAAACUCUUGAUAUGGAGUUUUAAAUCUAGAAAAUUCCGACAUCUUUUUUUUCUAAUGUUUAUUAAGGAAGGCGAUAGUUUUUUUUCUUAAUAAACGAAAAUAUGAAAAGUCGAACUUGGCUGCUAAUGCCAUUAGUACACUACGAGUGCAUAUUAACUUAUGAAGAGGUAUAUAUCAUAUAUUUUCCUACAGACUUUUCCACUCUCUGAAUUGAAAUUGAGAGAUUUUAACGUGUGAUAACGCUGCUAACUUAAAACUAAGCUAAGUUGAUAUAAGGCCGAAGUUCUAGCAGCGGUUUCUACUUUAAGUAAAGUAUUUAUAUGCGUUAAUGUAUAGACAAGAGUUCUUAUGUUCGGAGUAAUAAAAUGUUUUUACUACUGAUA